GGUUUGCAAGCAUUUCGAUACGCAGCUCAAGUUUCAACUCUCCAUGAGGUUCUGAGAGCGCCGCCAUGUACGGUACUUCGAGUCCAAUUUCAAGCAAGGGCCUCUUCACCGGCAUGCAAGGGCUGUCUUAUGCCAGGCUAUGGCUCAUGACAUUCCUUCAACGCCGACGAAGUGUAAAGAGAGCUUCAAAAAGCAAGGAGGACGAUAGCUAGCUAACUCUCUUGUCGAGGCUGGUGAGGGACGCGGAGUCAGAAUUGCGGGCUACUGGAACGAGGUGAAUUGGGAGGGCUGUCUUCAAAGGCAAUUGGGCUUGUGACACAAUGGCCAAAAAAGUCAGCGCAAAGGCGGGCAAGCAUGUGACUAUAAACGUGGACCCACCUGAUGACAUAAGACGAAGCGGCGCCGGCCGAGAUAGUCUCGCGAGCACAAAAGCCGCCCUGCGCCAGCCGCUUAUCGCCCCAAAACCCCUCCGGCAGUCGAGCAGCUGUCAAAUGCUCGGGGACGCUCUAGCGCAAUAUGUUCAUUCCGACGAGGAAGACAAGGCGACGGACUCUUCUAAUUCUGAUUUUGAAUCCGAUUUUCCUCAUCCUAGUUCUAGAAAGAAAUCCAAUGGAGUAGACCCAGAAGCAAGCCAAAAGAGGCGCCUUCUCAGGGCCCGCACUGCGCCCAUUCUAGCGAGGGGCACGUCGAUCCACAAAGUGAAGCAGAAGAAAGUAACUAGAGCGAGGGUGAUGAUGCUGCAAGCGGCAGUGGCGUUGCUCGUGUAUCUCUUUCUUGGGAUGCUGACGUAUGCGCUCCAGCGGGAUGAGUUUCGGGGCGUUACGACCCACCCAGUGAUUGACUCAAUGUACUUUUCAAUGGUCACCAUGACUACCACAGGCUAUGGCGACCUUGUCCCCUUCACAAAGAAAGCCAAGCUCUUCGCGUCCCUCUUCGCCUUCGCCGGUCUCGUCCUAUUUGGAGUCCUCAUCUCCGGCGCCGGUCACUACCUCAUAGACAAACAAGAACGGCUUUUACUAGAAGCGGCCCGUAGGCGCCUCGACAGGGGCAAUGAGUUUUCUGGGGGGGAGUUUACACCUGCCGAUCAGGCCCCCACGGGGGAGAACAAGUACUGGAAGCUUCUGCGUGCGGGGACGUAUAUUGGGGGGGCUUUGGCAACAGGGAUGAUAGUGUUGAUGAAAGUGGAGGGCAUGGACUGGGUUGACGCACUUUACUGCGCGUGCGUGUCGGUGUCAUCAAUUGGGUACGGCGACCGGAGCUUUCGGACGCCGUUCGGACGCCUCUUUGCGACGUUCUGGCUGCUGCUGAGCGUUCUGACGGUGGCCAAGUCGAUCACGCUGAUCGCGGAGGCGCGUCUUGAGUCCCGCCAGAAAAAGUUCGUCAAGGAAGUGCUCUGCAAGGGGCUCACGAGCACCGACUUCCAGGCGGCCGACAUUGACAACGACGGGACUGUUGGGCUGGCGGAGUUUGCAAUUUUCAAGCUGCGGGAGAUGGGCAAGAUCGAACCCGACGACUUGAACCAGAUCCGAGCGCAGUAUCAGAAACUGGACAUAGACGACCGUGGGCGUUUGCACAUACAGUCGUUGCCGGACUACUACUAAUUCACGAGUAGAGACUGUACAGAGCACAAGUUUUCCAAGGUAGAUUCUUCUUGGGUUGCUUUUGGUAGAAGACCUCCGGCGAUCUCCGUAGGUUUGACCAGAUGUUGAGGAGUUGACAGAAAAAGUUCGCCUCGAGUGCAUUGGGAGAACCAUUGUUUCCCGAGGCAUUUGAGUUCUGAAAAGACUCGCGUAUUUAUGACCAGGUUUGUAAAUUUAGGUUAAAGGAAGGUCACCUAGGUGCAGGUUCUUGAGUUCUAAUCCAAAAGAAGCCAGGUAAAACUUGUAGAGAGCACGAGACGCGCUUGUUGGCAAUCAAGUCGAUCUGUCAAGUGAACUGCCGUGGACCCUGAAUCUGCUGAUUUUGAAACGGGUAUACCAUAUCGGCAGCACGGAAAUUUUGUCGGGCAGCACGGAAA